CAAAAAACUGGACUGUGCGCUAAAUUUAAAUCGAUGAAAAAUUCACAUAUUUCCAAAUUGUAGUAAUAAUAAGCAGAUCUCUUAAUGCUUGCACAUACAGCAUAUAUGUUCUAUAUUUGAACGUACGUUCGUUUUACGUCAUUCGGUAUUCGGCUUUUCAACAGUAAUCGUCAAUAAGUUUAUUUACUUGUAAAAAAAUGUUGGUAGUGAUGAGCCAUUGGAGUUAUAUUGCUUUAUUGCUGUUGUGUGUAGCAGCAACAUUACAAUCCAUUGAAUCCAGUAAAUAUGCAAGCAAGCCUUUUUCUCGACACGAUAAAUGGACGCAAACUUUUAAUGGAGAGUAUAUCCCGAUCCAAUUUUAUAAUGCUAUGAGAUCAGCGGAGGCCUCUAAGCAAUCAUUACAAAACCAACUAAGAAAUUUUUUGGAGCAAUUACAAAAAAAUCUAACGACGUCUACUUUGCUAUCUCUCAUAGACAAUACCCAACAAAAUACAGAGCAUCAAUUAACAAAAUUAUAUGAAUUAUCGGUGUUUUUUUAUACAGCGGCCGACGUGGCUAGAUUUUUUGCCCGAGAUUCUGAGAUUUUCUUCGAAAUUGCCAAGAACUCAAGUUAUACCCUGUUGCUACAGCUUCGCCAAAUUCCAGCAACUCAACCUACUGCUAUUAAAUUACUACUAACCAAUUAUUUUGCGGAAAUGGAAUUUUUUCAUGUAAUGUUUUCCGAGGUUAUUGACGAAGCACUGGAAUACACACAGAACAUAUUAUUCGCGACUCAAAAGACCUUUACAUACUACGCAGAUGUUCAACGAUUUAUUUUGCAAAACUGGAAAUUUAAGUGUGAUAUAGGCUGCUGUAAAGAAUACAUGGAAUUUUCCCAACUUUAUUCGUCCCAAAUCUUUAAAUGUGCCGCCGGACACGGUCUUGACGUUGCAUUUGACGUGUUCGCCAUGACUGAGCUUACUAGCAAAUAUGUUAUGCGGCAGCUUGAGUUUCGGAUUCAACGACUCUUCAACUGUUUUUAUUUUGGAAAUUAUGAAAUUCGAUGUAAAUUUCUUCAAAAUGCUGAACGUGACUUUGAAUUAUUAUUUAGUAAAAUUGAGGAGUUGGAAAUAUUUUUUGACAUUAAAAUAAAAAAUGGUCGCGUUUCAGCACUUAGAGUGCGACGUCAAGCUCAAAUUGAAGAAGGUGUGUUGACUGGAGUAAAAUCUUAUGAUGCUUGCAUACCUCAAGACUUUCCACAUAGUCAAAUGCAUCAGAGCUUAAAGCGAUGUUUUUAUAAUAUAAACGAAUAUUAAUAAUAUCGUAAUGCUUCGAAAGAAUCAACUUUUCUACCACCAAUUCAGAAUUACCUUACAAAAUACAUACAUACAUCAAUUAUAAUUUCAACAUGAUUUCGCUUGCUUCAAAAUAAACAUACUCGUUGCCUGAUAGUACUUCCUGGCGAGAGUUUUAUUUUGAGUACUUACGUUCUUAUUGCUGUCAAUAAUGUACAUUUACAAAAAAUGGGGAAAACAUUUUUUAUGCGGUGAUAAUAGAUAUUCUUUCCAGAAUUUCACGUUAUUGGCAACUGAUAUUACACAGUUGAUGUUUAAUAGAAUUUAUGUAAACAGCAAACAUCAUCAAUGUAGUUUUUGCAAUAUUGCAGAAAAUAUUUUAUGUACUAACUAUUUGUUAUACUAUUUUAUUUACUGACAUUUUCAACCAUGUUAUUUUAUUCCCAACAAGUCGUGAUUGUUCAUUUACAAAUUCGGAAGUCUUACGAUGAAUGCGUACAAGGAACAGGCAUACAGCAUAAAUAAAAACGUAUCGAUAAUGCACAGAGCAUAAUAUUUUUAUUAAGUUUUUGAUUUCAAAAAUAAAUUUAAAUAUAUUGAGUGCGAAAAAAAAACAUGAGGCCGAGAAUCUGCUUUAAACUUGUAUUGAAAACCCAAACAGAAGAAAGAGCAGGUGACUUCGACACGCCAAAGAUAAAAUCCCUCUCUAGCCCUCAAAAAGAAUACUUAUUAAAGAGCUUAAUGCUAUACUAGACCGAUAAUAAUAAAAUAUGCUUAUAUAUAAGGGUCACGGUAACACUAAUAAAUCCCGGGAUUUGUCUAGCUAUACUGAAAACAAAAAUCUUGUUGUUGUUACAAGAACUUACUUUUUAAUUGAUCGUUGUUCUGGCUGCACAAAAUAAAACACGAUUUAAAUGCGAUAUGUUUAUGACUGAGACUUGUUUUCGUAGAUACAGACGUAAACCGGGCACGCCUUUGUAUAUGCAUAUGUAUGUAUGUAUAUCAACUCGGUUAUUGAUUCUGCUUAAAAGUAUACAUACAUAUAUAAUAUAUUAAAAAUAUAAAUAUGUACAAUUUAUGGGUUCGGGGACGUUUAUAUAAUACGCAAUUAGUACCAGCACAGAUUUUUUUCCUACGAUCAUUUUCAAUAUAUCAAUAGAAUUUCUGAACUCCUGCACUAUACAAAAUGUGCAGUGCGCCCAGAAAAACUACAUAUGUUACAACGCAGCACAAUAAGUAUACUUCUUUGUAAUAAAAAAUCGAGGACUUAUUUAAUAUUUGUAAAUAAUAAAUUCAACAUUUUACCGACCUGGGUUUAGCAUAUAUCCCAUUAAAACAA